AUGUUGAUUGUUGAUGGCCAAGCGGCCAGAUUCUUGACACAACUGGUGGAUUAUGCUCGCUUUUAUGCAGUUGUCAUUUGCACUGUUCUUUGGGCAACGAACGAACAAGAGAAAAGACUUGUGUGUUGGAAAGCAGCACUCAUGCCGGUUGCCAUUGUAACGUCGCAUACCAUCAUGGAAGUGGUGUAUGGGCAUAUUCUAGGUCCCAACACCUUAGGGCAAUCCAAACGGAAUCAAAUUCGUAAGGACGAGCGAAAUGUUGCCUUGAUUGGAGGUGUAGCGUUGUUGGUGUUCCAAAUGAGUUGUGCAGUGGGAUUCUUGACGUACAUCGGCGCUUUUACGCCCACCUUCGUCCACGACAAGAGCAAUCUAUUGGAUUGGACGCUUGCCUUAUCAACUGCCUAUGGCGAGUUUUGGAUUUUGAGUUGGCUGAAGGAUGUCACCAGUAUGCAUUUUGUCCAUCGCUUGAUGCACAACAAGAACUACAAGUAUCUACAUCGAAUCCAUUUGUUGCAUCACAGCCACACAACCAACCUAAACAAUAUCAAUGGAGCUCUGCUAGAGCCCGUGGAUUUGUUUCUCGAAAACACCAUCGGUCCCUUACUCCUUGUGGUUCUCAAGUGCUUGUCGGGUUAUCCGCCCAAGAUUUCGUUAAUUUCAUUCUUGUAUUCCAUCUCGGCUGAGGGAAGCAAUCACUCGCUCAAUCCGUACUCCAUUAGCUACUACUUUCCUCCCGUUGACUUUUUUCUGAAGGGGAACUUGGCCCACAAUUUGCAUCAUACCUCGCCCAAUGGCCACUUCCAUGCCCAACCAUGGCAUCACCUCUGGGAAGGUUAUCAUAAGGAUCUCGAGGCGUACAAUCGCAUCAUGAAGACCAAGGUGGAGUUCUAA